GGGGAAGGAGGAGGGGCAGGGGGCGAGGCGACGGGUCGCCGGCCGGCAGGCAGCAGCGAGGCGAGCAGAGCAGAGCAGAGCUCCCGCUCCGAGUCACCAACAGCCGCUGUGUAUUUAUUGUUAUCUCCCCCUCACCCGCUCGGCUUUCACUAUUUAUUGCCCCACCCGCAGGGCGUCUGUCUGUCUCUGUCUGUCCGUCCGUCUGUCUCGUCUGCUCAUGGCCAAGUGGGGCGAGGGCGACCCGCGGUGGAUCGUGGAGGAGCGGGCGGACGCGACCAACGUGAACAACUGGCAUUGGACAGAGAGAGAUGCCUCAAGUUGGUCAAUAGAUAAAAUUAAAGCACUGUUGCUGGCAGUCAGUGUAGAAAAUGAAGAGGGAACGUGCAAUGUGACGGAAGUGAGCAAGAUUGAUGGGGAAGCGUCAAUUAACAAUAGAAAAGGCAAGCUGAUAUUCUUCUUUGAAUGGAACAUCCAGAUCUCCUGGACGGGACUCUCCAAGAAUGGAAUUAAAUACAAAGGAACUGGAGAAGUACCAAAUCUCUCUGAUGAAAACGAUCCUGAUGAAUUAGAUAUUAAUAUUUCACUCUCAAAAGAUGAGCCUGACACAAAGCUACUAGCUUUGAUGAAAAAGGAAGGUGCAAGUAACAUCAGGAAGGCGCUUGCUACCUACAUCGAGACACUGAAAACUGAAUUUACUCAGGGGAUGAUUUUACCAACAAUAAAUGGAGUUCAGAAGGAAACAUCUCAGCCCAAACCUAAGAUCGAUGUGAAGGCCACGGUAAGGCAGCAAUGCAGGAUCCCGAGUGAUCAUCGUACUUCAGUCGGGGUAAAAAUCCCAACUUGUAAGAUCAAUAUAAUGGACCGUUUCCGGACUUCAGUUGACGAGCUGUACAGGAUCUUUGUGACACAAGAGCUGGUUCAGGCUUUCACACAUGCACCAGCUUUUGUUGAGGCGGAGAAGGGAGGAAAGUUCCGACUCCUUGAUGGGAGCGUGAAUGGAGAAUUCUUAGAUCUGGUUUUCGACGAGUCAAUUGUUAUGAAGUGGAGAUACAAGUCUUGGCCGGCCGAACAUUACGCAAUCAUAACGUUGACUUUCUGCAACAAGGAUGAUGAGACGGAGCUACAGGUGGAGUGCAAAGGGGUGCCUGUGGGCGAGGAGGAGCGGACAAAAGAAGGCUGGAAGCAUUACUACUUCGAGGGCAUAAAACAGACUUUUGGAUACAAUGUCCGCCUGUUCUAGAGACCUGUCCAACUGCAAACCUCCUAGCUUAAUGUAAUGUACAAGUACAGAAAAGCUUUAGACCCUUUUGUUCAUUUCACAUUCAGUUCAUUCUUUUUUUUCCAAUAUUGAUCAUUCAAUUUGCAACAAUAAUCACAAUAAUGGACACCCUAAGUGAACAACUUGCCCAGUUGUGGGUUCCAGGUACACUUUUCUGCAGCAGCCAAAAGCCAUUCAGUAUACAGUCUAGUUACCAUCUCAUGGUGGGAAUGUUUUAUUUUGCAGGUUGGUGUAAUUUGUGAAGUUUCACGGUCAUGACUGUUGUUCAUUGGGAAGUUCUUUAUGACUUACUGAAUUCCAAGUUCCAUGCAAGAAUUUCCCACUAUAUGGUAUGUGUCAGACGAGGCAUUGUCACUAUUGUUGAUACCAUUGUUGAUAUCAGUUGUUUUCUCUAAUAUUAGAGGAACACUUGGUGAGUUUAAAUGGAGAAAUUCUUUUUUUCCUUUAACUUACUUAAACUACACGCUGCCUCCACCCAAGACUCAAGAUGAAACCUGUGUACUUUGUUCAGAGAAAACGGGUUUUUUAAUGAAUUGUUCAGGAAAAGCAAAUCUGACCUGUUACCUCUUACCUGGGGUUCAUUGCUUAGUGAAUAAUGAGUGUGCCAGUGAAGGGAUGAAAUAAAAGCUAGAAGUGGAAGAAAUCGUGAACAGUAGCAGUUUUUUUUAAUGUAAUCGGGUCAAACGGACCUGGGUUGAGCGAAUGUGUUCUGAAUAUUAAUGCACAGCUAUUGACCAACCUUUGGUUGCUUUUGCAUGUGUCAGCUUGUGGUUAACCAAUUAGGUUGUCAUUCUGUGUUUCUCCAAAAAGUUGGGCCCCUUCUGAAAGGCUGAGCCCAGUUGAAAAUAAUCCACCUGGUGAAAGCAAUUGUGCCUUUUUUUAAAAAAAAAAGCAGCCCCUGAGGUGCAGAAUCGAGUGUCUUGUAAAUACUGUAUUAGUCAAGAGUCAAAUUGGAAUAAGGAGAUUUGGAUUUAAGGACUUUGAAAUAUUGGCAGUGAAACUUGCUGCAAUUGUAGAACUGCACUGCUCUAGUCCCAGACAAUAGGUUAGAUUGUGUUUGAUUGUGUUUGGUGGGUGUGACACAUGCAUUGUGCUUUUUGAUCUAGACGUUGAUCUGCCCUGUGGAUGACAUUAGGUUGACCAUCUCAAUAGCGACAGUUGUACAUGACUACCAGAAGAAAAGGCAUAGGCUGGUUCUCUAUCCUAUCCUAUGUACAUAUUGUCUCCACGUACUUUAUUAAAUACAAUUUCUACUUAAA